AUGUCCUCCACCGCGCAUAACAGCCAACCAUCCACCGGCAAUGGUGUGACUAAACGCAAGUCAGGCUCCGCAGCCUGUAUUCACUGUCAUCGGCGUAAAGUCCGAUGCGAUGCUCGCAUUGUCGGUUUACCUUGCUCGAAUUGUCGCUCUGCGGGAAAGGCCGAUUGCCGCAUCCACGAGAAGAAAAAACGCUUGGCUGUGCGCUCCAUUCUUGACCCAGUUCCCAUUCGCUGUCGCCCACCCCCUGACUCCGAUUCUACUCCCAAGCCCUUACCAUCCACACCCAUCCAGCCGAAUGCUUUCACAACUGCCUUUCGGGGCGUCCAACCCGACGUGACGAGCCCCGUCGCAGCCGGCGCCCAAAUCAUUCAAUCGCCACACUCGAGCUACGCUAAUGGUAACCAUGGUUCCCAACCGAUUACAGAAACCCAACCAUUCAAUCGCCAGCCAGGUGCCGACCGGCCCAUGGACCUGGAAAACAACGCAGAUUUGGAGAAGCGACUCGUGAAACUGAUUGAUGAGGAGGAGUCGGGCAGUCGAGAAAUUCAAAGGGGUGUGAGGGCAAUAUAUGUUGGCCAUGAACUUUCGAAUAUGUCAUUCUUGAUCCGGCAACAGCGUGAUAAAGACGACGAUGUGUAUCACUUCGCGGGCAAUGAAAUUCCUCGACGGCAAUUGAGAACAGGUCAUGACCAGCUCCUUAUGGAUGCCCUCACACUGCCAGAACCAACCCUUGCUGAUGAGCUGGUACAGGCGUACUUCACGCACGUAAACCCAGGGUAUCCCAUAAUCGAGGAGGAUCUGUUUAUGACUCAAUAUCGUAAUCGUGACCCGGCCGAUCCUCCUCCAAUAUUACUUCUCCAAGCAAUUUUGCUCGUGGGGGCCCAUGUUACACGCCCAAAAGCGGAGCGAGAUGCCCUGAAGGAAAUAUUCUUCCGUCGUGUCAAAUGGCUAUUCGACAGUCGCAUUGAACGCAAUCGUGAUAUUAUGGUUCAAGCUGCAUUGCUCAUGACAUGGCACUCGGAUAGUGCCGAUGACGACGUAGCAGCUAAUGCCCACUACUGGGUGGGAGUAGCUGCUAGAAUCGCUACAGGUCUUGGUAUGCACCGUAACCCGGUAUCUAGCAAAUUUGUACCUCGCGAUCGUCGAAUGUGGAGAAGGUUGUGGUACAUUCUGGUUCAAUUUGAUGUGAUGGUGUCAUUGUCAUAUGGCCGACCACAAGCUAUCAACCUUGAGGAUUCAGAUGUCUCCCCUUUGACUCCUUCUGACUUUGAAGGGUGUGGUUCUCGAGUGCAAGCUGAGUAUGUUAUUCACUUCUCAGAAUUGUGUACAAUGAUCUCGUAUAUCGUGCGAGAACGGUUUGGGCUGAGAGUCAGCGCUGAGCGCCGCAAAGCUGCCUUGCAAGAAGCCGACGAAGCCCUAGCAAAUUGGUCCCUCAAGCUGCCAGAUAGUUUACGCCUACGAGCCUCCGAUAUGGAUCCGUGGUCUGCCAUGCUUCACCUGACAUAUAACAACUUCCUGAUUCUUCUUCAUCGGCCACAUCCAAGAGCUUCCGCAUAUUCAGAUGAUUACGGUCCACACGACGCAGAAAUCUGCAGUGCAGCCGCUGGAGUUAUCGCUUCCAUAUUCGAGGAACUCCGCCUGAAUGACCGGCUGAAGUUCUUGUGGUACUCUGGAGUGCACACGCUCUUCACGGCAAUGAUUCAAGUCCGGGUGGAACUUCGAUUCUCCAACCCUGUCCUCGCAAUCAACGCCUUGCGCCGCUUCGACUCGGCCUCGUAUUCUCUCCGCGAACUUGCGGAGUAUUGGUCUCACGCCAACACCAUUUUAAGGUUAUUCCAAGACUCCAAACGACUCCAGGAGGACUUGCGAAUGGCUACCAGCGAAAGACCAAGACGAUUCAGCACACAUGAUCAAAAUAAGAAUACAAAUAAUCCCUCUAAUCCUCAUCCCAAUCCCAAUUCAAAUACCACUUUACAGAGCCCUCAGACCGAGCCGCAACUUCCUUACGAAGUUCCUACCCCGGAAUCUCCGCGCAUGCCCCCAACCACCAUGAGUCCCCACCAGAACCAGCCAUUCGACAGCUGGAUCCCAUCUAGCCACCUCGCUUCUGUGGACCCCAUAGACCAACCUAGAGAGUUCCUGGAUUGGCGGCAGCUCUUUUCCUUUACCGAUCCGGAUCAAUCCGUUCUCCCAGUUCCCAUGGAAGGAUUGCCAGAGUUAGAAGAUGAAUGGCGCCAAAUAUAUUGGCAGGAAACUCCCAUGUCUGAUCUUCUUCAGGACGGAGGAUGGAUGCAUGGAUAA